GGCGGGCCGGGCCGGGCCGGGCCGGGCCGCCAUGGAGGAGGACGAAGGGGCCGCGGGGGGCGCGGAGCAGCGGUGCCCCCGCCACCGGCCCGGGGCCGAGCGCUCCCCCAGCCCCAGCCGCCUGGACGUGAGCUCCAGCCGCUUCGACCCGCUGCUGGCGCUGUACUCGGCCAGCACGCCGCUGCCCUUCCCCGCCGCCCCCUGCUUCAACAACCUCGCCGAGUACGAGAGCUUCCAGCGCGGCCUGCUCCGCCCGCGCGGGCCCCGCUCCGCUCCCGCCCGCCGCGGCCCCUCCCGCGCCGCCCGCCGCGGCCCGCCCGCCGCCGACCCCGAGCGCAUCCAGCGCCUCCGCAGCCUCAUGGUCAACGCGGGCCCCGAGCAGGAGGCGGCCGAGGGCGGCAGGGGGACCCGGCGGAGGCGGGCGCCGCGAAACGUCCUCACCAGGAUGCCCCUCCAUGAAGGCAGCCCACUGGGGGAGCUUCAUCGCUGUGUCCGAGAUGGCGUAAAAAUCAACGUCCACAUCCGCACUUUCAAAGGGCUUCGUGGAGUCUGCACAGGGUUUUUGGUUGCGUUUGACAAGUUCUGGAAUAUGGCUCUGACAGACGUGGAUGAGACAUACAGAAAACCAGUAAUGGGCAAAGCUUUCUAUGCAGAACCCCAGCUCACACUAACCCGGCUGUUUGACAGACUCAAACUGCAGGAGUCCUCAGGAAAGAAGGGAGUGGACUCAAAGGCUGUCUCCAAGGAGCUAGCUCUGACCCAUGACUCUCAGACUCUGGGACUGAAAGCUGGAUCAGGACGAGGGAGAGCAGAAGAGGAGCGUGAGAGGCAGAAACGCUCGGGCAGAGCUGGAGAAAAGAAGACACUGGGUGACAGUUCCCAUCUGGCUGCCAGAGGUGAAGCUGAUGUGGGUAGCAGGACUGCCCACACAGAGGGUGCCAGUGCUGGUGGUACCCGUGCAAGAAGCCAGGCACGGAGAAAAAGGCGGCCCAAAGCGGAUUAUCAACAGGUGUUCAGGCGUCACAUAAACCAGAUUUUUAUUCGAGGAGAGAAUGUCUUGCUUGUCCAUUUGGCACAUUGACUUGGCUGAGCCUUUGUCAGUGCAUUGGUUUGAUAGCAUGAAUUGUUGCUGCAGCUCCCACUGCUAUUUAGCGUUCUCAUUAAGUGUCAUGGUACUGUGACUGUUUUUCCCUUGUCUUAACAAGGUAGGGGAAAUUAAUCCCAACCGGAGCAUCCUAAGCUUGGUGCUGAAGCAGCCCCUUAAGAUCUCUGUUAGGGGUCUUGGGACAAGGUCAGCAAUGCAGCUGUUUUGUGAGAUGACAAAGGUAGGAACAGAUCCCACUGCUCCUUAGAAAGAAGCUAAAUGGAGAGGGCUUGAAGAGAAUUUUUGUGUAGUCAGCUGUAGGGGCUCAUUGUGGCACACAUUUAAGGAUUUUAAGAUUAGAUCUCCACCAGAAAUUAAUCAGAAAUGCUAUUUUGCAUGAAUAAUCUCAAGAGAAAAUUGCUAAUGAAACCAAUGGUUUAUCUGUUGUUGUUAAAUGAAUGGCUUCUUUUCCAGAGAGAAUUCUGACAGUCAUCUUGACAUCUUCUAUAAAAAGGUGGAGUGACAUGCUAUUGAUAGCUAUUAGCCUCUUCUUCACAGUUAGCUCUCUAAUAGCAAACCUCUUAAUUGAACUUUUCCUGUGAAUUGAUGGCAGGACUUUAACUUGGUUUCAGUAUCAAAAUUUCUGCCUCUAUUUGUAAUGCUGUGCUUUAGCCCUCUGUAACCAGCAAGCAGCUAAUGUGGCUGAUCCAGGAACCUCCAUAUUUGGAGUUUGUCUGUGAAUGUUGUGGAUGCAGAUGGAAAACUGUCCUUUUAUAUUUCACCCAUUCUCUACUUAGUGUGAUAGUGAAGUUUGCAAAUAGGUAGUUUUUCUUCUCAGAUUGAAGUGUUUGUGCUGAGCACAGUUGUACUGUAAUCUAAGCACUGUCUGAAGUCCUGCAGUGGAAACUAGAGGCAUGGUGUCUCCAGUGGUUCUCAUGGACCAGAACUCUUCAUGGUUCUUUCUUCUCCACAUGAAUGAUGCAUCAUCUAAUUCCAGUUGAACUGAGCUUUGGAGGUGUGCCUAAAAAUGUUCUUAAGUACAGAAGUCAAACUCAGCUUAUUAGUGUUUUUAUUUUAGCAAGGUUCUUAAGCUACUGUAGAUCAGGCCAGGCUUCUGCAGGUAUAAACUGCUUUCCAAAAGCUACAUGCAGAAGUUUGAGGCUAAAUGAAGCUGUUAAAUUAUCUAGUCUGUUCCACUGGUUGUCAAAGGACACUAGGUUUCACACUGCUGUUCUGGUGUUCAUCACAAAUACUUUAUGCUUUGCAGCAGCUCCAUGAGUUCAAGUUGAAGUUGAGAAAUUCCAGGACAAGGGUUAGAUCUGACAGUGGGUAGAACAACUUUUUAGUACUUGAUAGCAGGUCUUCUAUUUCAUAUAGAGGUCACAAGUCCUCAAGCAGAGUGACUGUGCUCUCAAUGACAUAUAUUUCAUUUGCUGCAAAUGCAGGAGGGCUGCUUCUGGUGCUCGGGUGAAUUACAGAAAGGAUUUAGCAGGAGUUCCUGGACACACACAACAUCUGUGCCUCUGGGGGAGCCUGAAACUUGGCUGUCAACAUUACAGGUGAUAUGGGGCUUGCGUGGCUAAUCAGCUCAGCCACUGAGCUGCAAACCCUAGUUCAGCCUGGGACAGAAGUGCCUCAGAAUAUAAAGGACUUUUGACACAAAUCUGUUUCAUCAAGGGUGGGAAAAAAAAAAAAAAAGGAAUGUCUACAGUUUCUUGUGAUGCAUUGCUGUAAUCCCUUCCUGCUGUGAACUGAGACUGGGUGCUGAAAAGAUUCUUCUCUUGGAGGUUCUUGUUUCCUCUCCUUUUGUGUCAUACUUGUUUGUGUUCAUGUGGUCUGCAGUUUUUUCUUUCUUUUUUUUUCUUCUUUCUUUUUUUCCCCUCUUCUCCUGACAGUAGUUGCCUCCUCAGGAUGUUCUGCUGGCUUUCUGAACCUUUUCUGGUUGGCUUUCCAUGUGGUUGCCAACUGACCAGAACACUCAUGUUACUAGGAACUUGUGAAGCUGAAGCAAGGGGGCUUUUCUGCUCCUUACUUCUCAGCAGCUUUUAUUGUGAGUGUUAUUUUUCAUUAAGCGUUUGGCUGUGGGGUUUUUUUCCCCCCCUCUGCUUUCUGAUAGGUUUGUUAUUUCAGUUUCUUGGAAUAACUCUCUCUGCCUCUUCCAUUCAUGCCAAAGGCUACGGUUUUGACACCUCUCCUCUUUCAAUCAUACUUGACCAAAGGGUGUCAAAGCUCCACUCAGGCCUAUGUACUAUGACAUCUAAUUGAAUUGUUGCUUUUCUUUACCUCAUAUUCUUUAUUCUCUUUACCUAAUUUAUACUGCCUUGUGCAUGAAAUAAGAUACAACUACCAUGAACAUUCUUGUAGCUGUAGCACCCUCUUUCCUUGUCAGCCGACACUUCACCAAGUUCUCAGUUGCUACUAGAAGUCUUGAGUGUUUCCUUUCACCAGAAUUACUUCUCUGAAACCUUGCAGGUGUUUAUUGCUUCACAUCCACAAGUUUCUCUUUUUACAUUUUACAAAGAAUGCUGGUGCUUAGACUUGCAUUUGUGCCUUGAUUUUUAUAUCAUCACUGACAUGUUCUUCUAAAGUCACACCUCAGUCAAAAAAAACUGGUUAAGAGCUAUACAGUUUGCCUACUUUUUUUGCUCUACCUCAUUAUUAAACUGUUAAUUCUCUCUUCUCCUUGUUGUCUCAGUCAAGUCAAAUUCUCCCUUCCAAUUUAGAUUUAAUGGCUUAUGUGGGGGUUCUUCCUUUGUUUCCUACUUCCCUAUCCACCUCUCAUUAUUUCCAAGCUGCUUCCUAAAUACAGCCUCCUCUACAAUUUCAGAUCUUCCAAAGAUGAUCUUUACUUUUUCUGAUGUUGUAUCUUUUUCAAGCCCAUUAUGAAAAUGCUUUUUAUGAAUUUAGUCUCUUUCAAGUGUCAUUAUUGUGACUAAGCAAGUGAUCCAAUAUGUGUUGUCACUUGCAUGUUUAAUACUUCAGAUCAAGUUGCUCUUUAAAUAAAAUUGAAUGUGGUUUUCUGAAAUGAAGUCUUCUACCUCACUUAAGUAUUUGUGUACAUCUUUUUAAAAAAAGAAAACAACCCUUGGAAACAAAUGAGCUUUGGGUUUGGGUUUUUUGUUUGUUCCUGAUUAUUUCUUCCCAUGUUUUUCCUUUCCAAACUCAGCAUAAAAUCCAGGUUGUUUAUCCAAAAAUCUCUCUGCUCCAUUCCUCUCUCACUGCAGUGUCACAAAGAUGGUGUGAGCACAGACACCUGAAGUCAUUAUCCUUGGCAUUACUAUCCUUGCCCAUAAGAAGAGGACCAAUACAAGGGUUCAUGAUGUACUGUCCGGUGUGACCGUUUCCAAGACUCUGCAGUGUAUGUGCAUAGUGAUGAGUUCUGACUGCACAGAUGGAGGAAGACAGGGUGGCCAGUUGCAAAAGGAACUCAAGGAAAGAGACAAAAUCUUAGUGAUAUCCUUCUAUCUAAUCAGCUAGAAGUCUAGUAAAGGAGGUUAGAGUCCAGGCUGGGCUUCAUGUUUUAAUUUACCAAAAAUAUUAAUACCCUGGUAGGGUACACUUGGACCAAAAGAUAAGAAUGCACUUGAGUUUUAAUUUAGAAACUUUUAACUUGGUCAGACUUUUUCCUAGCAGUGCCAGUGUCUCACCUUCAGAUAAAUAUUAUUACUACUUUUUAGUUUUUAAUUUUUUUAUAGUUCUGUGCUGUUAGUGCAGCUGGUAACAUUAAUUUCAUCUCUAAAAGGUGCAUUUAAGAGCCACUAUCAUUAGAGGGAAACGCCUAUUUUCAGGUGGUCACAUCUUCAAUUCUGACUCUAUAAUCUAGGAUGAAAUUGGGAACAGCUACAGCUGUAAAGCAGCUACAAUUUGCUUGAAAAGACAAAACUUGUAAAAUAGCACAGCUUUUUCUGUCAGUUGUUGCCAAUAUAUCAGCAGGAAAAAGCAUAAAUUAUUUCAUGGUAGAAACAUUGUGGACUAUUUAAGGAAUAUCCUUUGCUGCCAUCUUUUUUUUUACCCAUUAGCAGCCUGGGCAGGAAAAUUGAGGCUGCUCGGGAAGAGAUAGGCAAGGCAGUCCAACAGUCCCCUCCAGGUGGGACUGCAGGAACAGUGCAUUUCUUGAAGACUUCUUGAUGGAAAUAAAUUUGUGUGUAAUCUACUGUAAAUAUAACAUGCACUUUUGUAUAUUUUUUCCAACUACAGGCUUCCAUGGCAUGAACAAAAUGGGAAAGCAGGCCAAAAAAAAAAAGGAGGAGAGAGGAAUUACUUUAUUUGGUGAUAGCUCCUUGAAAUGGGGGAGUCACUUUCUAGUCUGUACAGUUCAGCAUAAUCUGGCCAGCACUCAGCAGUUGUGUCCCAGAGGUGAAGGGGGGAGUUUGCAGAGACAGUUCUUGAGUGCAGCCUCUGUUACCUUGUGAGCAUUUCCCAGUGAAUGAACUGUGCCCCAGGAGUCUCUGCCACACUCCAUUCCUAAGAAGUGACCUGUUUGAUCCUGCUUCUAAAAUUUUGCAGAGGAAACCCAGUGGGAGAAAAAAAGCAAGUAAGCAAAUUGCCCGUUUUGAGGCAGGGAUGGUAGGAGGCUUGGUUAUCCUAAGCUUCCUUGGGGGUGCAGGAGAAAGGACUACUACUCUAGUGGAGGUGUAUCAGAGAUGGCUUGUCUCAUGAUGUUUACAAGUCCUUUUAGAUGUCACUGCAAGUGCUCUUGCUCUUGGCUGGUAGAAGUGAAGGCCUGUCAGUGAAGGAAGAUGCUUUCUGAUGUUCCUGGAUAACUAUUUCAUUAGCUGCUAGCUUCACAGUGUACACUUGAAUGAAGAAAACUAGUACACCUGAGACUUUCAGUCAGUCUUGUAUUUAUACAAGUAGUUUGAUCAGUUUGUGUAAAAACAUAUCUGUCCUUUUUUACUCUCAAAAGAUCAGUGCUUUCCCUCAGGAAAGAAAUAAAAGCUGCUCCUCUUCCUGUAGCAAUUGCUUCUGAUUUCCAGCUUCAGAGCAAAGAGCAGCUGUUUCAUUGUAGCUUUGCUGUGCCAGAUCAUGAGAAAAUGAGAGAAGUGCUUGGUUCUUUAAAACUGAAAUGGGCAUUAGGAAGGGAGCAGUUGAGUUGACCUCUUUUCAAAUGAUGCAUGUAUCCAGUGUAGUUGCAUGGAUUGGGACUUGUUAACCAAUUAGUCAUCUGUAAAAUUUCCUUAACGAACCACAGAGGAACACCGUGACCUGCCAGACUGGUGUGGGAUUGGAAGUCAGGUGCUGACAAAUUCUCAUCUCUCUACUGCCACUUGCUCACUGAAUGGCCUUGGUGAGUCACUUCUCUCCCUUAUGCUCCACAGCUCCAAUACAUCUGAGAGCAAUUCUUGCCUGUCUGUCAAGGAUCUGGGGAAGCAGGGAGUGCUGAACAAGUGCUCGGUAUUGUUACUAAAACUACAACAUGUCAGGUAAUGCAGAUACAUAGAUCAUCUGCCCUCUUCAGGCACUUGACUGUUAGCUUUAUGACUUGGCAUACUAAAAAUGUGCAGGAUUUCAGGUACAAUGCUGCACUUCAUUCUUGAAAUUACUUAAGUCUUCAAGGUCAAGUUUGGUGAUCUCAGUUUGUGUUUCACAGCUGCAAUACCAUGUUUCGGUCAAAUGUUGAUAAAUGAGAGUGUAACAUUUGUAAUUCCUUCUUUGUCUUCCUGAAUAUUUUGUUUCUAAGGAAGUUGAUGCUGCUACGACCAUAUUGAAUAAUACUGAAUUUGCAAUAUUCUGCUUUCCAUAUAUAAAUGUUUAUAUUUAAAAGUGCUAAGACUUCAAUGCAAUAAAUAUAUCCAUGUAACAGUUUGCUUGAAA